CGUGUGAGUAUUGAGAGACAGCUUUCCUGCCGCUGGCUGUGAGUGCCUGACGGAGGCAGAACUCUCUUACGCCGCUUUUUCGAGUCUUCUGCUCUUUUGUUUCAGUCUCUUGUAAUGCAGAAGCAAACCGCAGUCAUUGAGUUGGGAAGACUUCUGAUUCACUCAUUGGCUGUAAACAGACUGUGUAAUCCUGCUCAGUCUGGACUGUGUAACACAUUGAUGCAUUCAUCUCGGGACUAAACCUCGCAAGAACUUUCAAAAUGCGAGUGACGGUCUAAGAAGACAGCUCUGCGAAGAAGGACCACAAUAUUUGCACAACACAUGGUACAGGAUUCAUUCAGCCGAACCAAAAGUUCACAAUGAAGAAGAACUGAAGUCCUGAACUGCCUUUUAUAUGGUUUGAAAAUAGCACGAAAACACAAUGAACGUUAAAAGGAAGGAGAUGGAUUUCUUAAGCAACACUAUCGCUGCUUACGCUCACAUUAAAGAAAAUCCAGAGAGUUUUGGCCUUUAUUUCGUCAUUGGCGUAUGCUUCGGUCUAGUGCUCACUCUCUGUCUCCUGGUCAUCAGGAUCUCUUGCAAACCUCGUACCACGACAGCACCUUCAACACCGGAGAAAAAACAGUUAAAAGACUAUAGCGAGGAAGAGGAGGACGACAGUGAUGAUGAGGAGGAUGAAGAUGCAGGAGAACUGGAGCACCCUGUCCUCCAUAGCACCACAGAGAUCCCCGUGAGUAACCACCAAACCACGCCUGAUGGAACUCUGAACAGGAACGUGUUCACCUCGGCCGAAGAGCUGGAGCGAGCGCAGCGAUUGGAGGAUAGGGAGAGAAUCAUCAGGGAGAUCUGGAGAAAUGGACAGCCGGAUAUUUUGGGUGCGGGGACGGGCACUAUUGGAAGGGUGCAUUACUACUAACACACCAAGAAGUUCAUAAACUCAAGCCAUUCCUUUCAGUUCGGGUCAGAUCAUUACUUUCACAGACGUAUCAAUGAAAGAUCAUUGCAUUUUGCAUUUCCUUUUUACAUCGUACUGAUGUAAUUCUAUAAGCAACAGAUACAGCCUCAGAUGAUGAGUUAUAUUUGAACUGUUGUUAAUGGUGCUUAUUUUAAGUUCUUGUGGAGCACAGACUAUUACAGGCUCCGGAUCCAAUAUUUUAAGCAGGGUUUGUGAAUUGUAGGAGAUGAUUAGAGGCUCGCAAAAAGCAAAUGCACUUUUGUACGUGCCAUUUUUGUGCUGUUUUUUAUGUUUUAUGCUUUUAUUUUUAAGUAUUGCAUUGCUCUCCCUAUAGGUCAUGUCAUGCAAUAACAGAAAAUUUGGUUAAAAAAACACAUCUAGCUCUUUUCGAAGUUUAUUUACCCAUCGGUUGCAUUUGCAAUCUUAAUCCAUGGGUGAUAACAUAUCAGUCAAGGACAUAUUAUUGAAUAUUUUCAGCUCAAGCAUUCAAAAUAAUAGUUACAAAAAGACAGUUUCACACACAAUACUUUCGAUAUUAUGCAUUUUCAAAUUAAUGUCAUGGUUGUUUUUGCAUCAAUAUUAAUAGUUAAUUUUUUACACAUUGCAUAGCCUAACAUUUAUGAUCAGAGCACUUAUUUUAUAAACAGAACAGAGCACACAAGCAACCAAAGGGACCCAGUUUAGUUUUUGGUUUGUGUAAAAACCCUCGAUGUGUUUUUGUCUUUCAAAGUGUUUUUUGGUAUUUGGAUCCAUCUUUCAUCCUUUUGUCUCUUGUUACUAUGGUGAUUUCAGGUGCGAGUUUCGAUUUCCUGUUCACAGAUCACCUGUUUGAUUAAGAAACACACAAAGAGUUCUUGGCAUACACAUCUACACUUUGAUUUAAAUAUUAUUCAGCUUAGCAGUUAUCCAAAACCCAAACAGUCUGACAAGUCAACCGAUGUCUACAAAGAAGUGUUUAUAUAGAAGAUAAUGCCAGUAUUUUCUAAGGCAACAACUUUUGUCGUUGUUUAAAAUGGUUGAAGUUUAUGAAGAUACUUAAGUUAAAUUGCCUAAUAUGUACAAGACUCGCAUGGCAUCAAAGACAAGCCCAAAAAAGGAAAAAUCUUGAGUUUCUUUGUGAAUGGUGGUACUGUAAUCACAGCGACAGGACUCAGAAACCUUACAAACACGGUUCUAUGGGAAUUAGUUUAUGUUGCUGUUAAAAAUAGCCGAUUCCCACUGAUUUGUCAGAGGCUUCAUGAGGAUCUAAUGUUUUCCUCAUGGUUUCCAGAUGUUGUUUUUUGGCUGAAGAGAUACUAAAUCUGCACCAGUCUCUACAUCUUUCUCAGAGGGAAAACUGGGAACUGGGCAGCGCAUUCUGUCAUUGACCAAAAAUAGCUGUAUUAUUUUCAUUUCUGUUGUUGAAAUGUCAAAAAUGUACCUUGAAUUAAACGUCUUGUGUCAGUUCAUAAGUUCUCUGUUUGAGGAUAUUGGGUUAAGGAAAUAAACAGUGAAUAUUUGGAUAAUUUCA